CUGUGCAUUUGUGUUGAUGUGACUGUGAAUGCGUUUGAUAUGCCUUUCAGUGUUGCAUGAGUUGUGGUCUAAUGUCUAAUGUAUUGAUGUUUUGAUGCAAACAAUUAACACUUAAUUGUAUUCAUCGUUCAGAUAAUUGUCGACAAAAUGCCAAAUAAACCCAAAAAGGAUAAAAUUUCUGUUAAAAACAAUUCAAACAACAAUAGAGACCAAAACCAGAAGGAGACCAAUGAUACCACAGAUGAGGUGGAGAAGAGGAAUAAUAACAACAGUUAUGUGAACGAGACUAUGAAAGUGUGUCCAAACAGUCUCAUGAAUACCAACCAAACGAACCAAAAGCCCAAGUUUUCGGGCGUUUCGCCGACUCUGAAGACUUCUCGCCGGCAGUCGUCGUCGCGAUUCAAUAUCAGCCAAAAUCGUGAAAUUCAAAAACUGCCCGCUCUUAAGGACGCCACCCCUUCUGAACGCGAAGAACUGUUUAUCCAAAAACUAAACCAAUGCUGUGUUUUGUUUGACUUCGCCACGGAUCCGUUAAGUGAUCUCAAAUGGAAAGAAGUGAAAAGGGCUGCUCUUCACGAACUCGUCGAGUAUAUCAUGACUCAGAGGAAUGUGAUCACCGAAAAUAUAUACCCAGAAGUGGUUAAUAUGGUAUUGAAUUGAUUUUAUUACUA